AUGAAGGACCAGAACGUGCUGCCAGGCAAGCCGGCCGAACUCAUCAGCGGGCAGCCCAAGAGUGCAGCCAUGGGCCUGUAUCACUAUAUGCGGGUGAAAGACCCGUUCGCCGCAGACAACGCGGACAGCAUAGAGCACGAAGUGAAGGAGUUCGUUAGGAAGCUCAAGGACAAUGCCGUUCUGUUGGGCUUCCUGGAGAAAGCUCCAGAGGAUUCUGAUAAGAUCGAGGCCAUUUAUGGUGCUGAGCAGAUCGCAAAGGCGAAAGACGAUAUCUCCUACUUCAAGACAAUAGCCCGUUUGCCCAAUGAUGCCACUCCGUUGAACGUCGCUGCCAAGGUUUCGGACGAGGUUCAAGGUAAUCUCGAGUAUAUAUUGUACCAGCGCUGCAGCCAAGUAUAUGUAGAAGGUCCUAAUGCAAUCCGGGAUGCUGGCCGUGGACCGGUAAACCUUGAUGAUUUUUUGGGGCACGCCAACGUGCAAGAUGCCGAGCUUACGGAAGCGCAUGUGGUGGCUUUGCGAUUUUACACGACUCCAGCUUUCAAGUAUUUGAAUUCCCCUUUACGGAGCACGUUUUUUUACGAUAAGGGUAAGUCUCAUCCACUUCCUAAAACGGUGGCUUACAUUUCAGAGGGUAUCAAGAAGCUUCGAGCCUCGUACGCCAUCAAGGUCGAGGCCGGAACCGCGACAUCAAAACUUGUCCUUUGGCGAGGGUUGAAAAACAUGGCCCUGCCUAAAGUUUUUUUGACAAACCAGAAGGGGGGCACAGAACUUGCCCCAAUGUCGACAACGACAGACUUGUCAGUGACGACAAAGUAUGCGUGCAGCGGAGAGUCCGUGAUGCUGAAGAUCUGUUUGGACAAUUUCAUGCAGUAUGGUGCCGAUCUUCAGUGGCUGUCAGCCUUCCCAGGUGAAGAAGAGGUGCUCUAUCCACCCUUGACAUAUUUGCAGCCUACAGCCCGCGAGCCUCAAGUGGUUCAGCUCAGCACUGGUCACAAGUUCACCGUCUACGAAGUCAAACCUACCAUUCCCUGA